AUAUAAGAUAAGAUAGACGUCCCAUAUGCGACAGGUUACAAUAUCUACCCACAGCCAAUGCUUGUUGCAAUCAAGAGUACGGACUACGGAGCAAGUAUGUUACGAUCAGGCUCCGCUCGUCGCUCUUCCCCACAUAACGUCCCUCUCCGCGCCUCCCUUUCUCUCUCCCUCCCAUUUCCACUCAAAAUUCAAGCGUUACGAUUUCAAAUCUCACCGCCAAAUACAAAUACAAUCUGCUCAAAUUCGUUCCAUUUUCGCAAAAUCAACCCAUCACACGAUCGGAAUCGGGAUCUUUCACCGGAUAUCACUCGUUCUUGUUUAUUGCUAGCCCUCGUCGAGGAAGGAGUUUCCGAGAAUCAGGAUAUCAUUGAAUCCAUGUCGAAUCACUACAGCGAUCAGCUUGAGAACAUUGAAACAACUUGCGGAUCUUUACUUUGUGAACUGAAGAAAAUCUGGGAUGAAGUUGGGGAGCCUGAGGAUGACAGGGAUAAAAUGCUCCUUGAAAUCGAGCAGGAAUGUCUCAGAAUUUACUUGAGAAAAGUGGACGAGGCAAAAGAGUGCAGAGCGAAGUUGCAACGAGAAAUUGAUGUUGCUGAGGUUGAAAUUUCUGAUAUCUGUACCUCUCUGGACGUGAAACUGGUGAACGUAAGUGGAAUUACGAUGAGAAAGAUUGUUUAUGGAAUAUAAUUAUUUCUUCAGUGGGAAGGAUUUCCAAUUAAUCUGUAAUUUGUCC